UAACAUAAUUCCAUAAAGUUGAACUCGUUACGAUAACCCGAUUUGAUUGUAUUAAAGAAGUGCCUAUAAUGAUUGCUAUUUUAACAUAUUGACAAGUUAUAAAAAACAUCUCUUAGAUGUAUGAAAUUUUGAGGGCACGCCUUAUCGUGACCUAUGUUUGAAUUUAUUAAUAUCAUUUAAAGUAUCGUCGUACGAAAUGCGAAAGGAAGUGACGAGUACCGUAUGUCACAUAGGGGAGACAAGGGCCCUCCUGCUAGCACCUCGUCAUUAGCCAAUUGAAAGAUUGGCGCAACAGGAAUCACCGACACCACCAGUUGCACUCAGAGUCCCGCGCAAGACAUACUAGGAUACUCACGUGUCUUUCAACUUUAUUUUAACUGUGUCAUUUACACCUGACCGCGCAAAUGUUAGUCAUGAAAGCUAAUUUCUAUUUGUGCUUACUCCUACUAUACUCAUUUUGGAUAUGUUCGACCGACGCGCGACGUGGGCGCACCAGAAGCAGAACAAAAUCCAAGGUGCAAAUCGGAUUACCCAUCACCGGAAAGUACAGGGACCCCGAAUCCGAUCAAUAUUAUAAUAAUAACGACGGUGCCAAAAUUUUACUUGCGUCACAUUUUGACCUUGAGUAUGUAUUGGGACACAAAAUUGCAUUCCUGUGUAUCGCCAAAGGUUCACCUCGACCGCAUAUUACAUGGUUUAAAGAUGGAGUGGAAAUAUUUGCCCAUCAUUACUUACAUAUCCACGAGUGGCCUAUUGGUGAUGACCGUGUGAAAUCGAAGAUUGAAAUUGACCCUGCCACUCAAAUGGAUGCGGGCGUGUACGAGUGUACAGCAGACAACAUGUACUCCAUUGAUAGGCGCUCCUUCAAGACAGACUUUUCCAUUGCCUUCGACUGAGUUAUUAUUCUAUUAACCAUAAUUCAUUAAACCACUUUUUGUAAGAUUAAAAGCUUGUUUCACCAUCUCCAUAUUAUAAGUAGUCGAUCAAUUUAUAAAUGUGUCAAAAGUUCAUAUAAAUUACAUUACUUAAUUCAUAUUUUUCUGGAAAAUUACAGCUAUCCAAACAUACUUAAACUGGCCCUAAAUAGGUUAACAUAAAAUUGACAUUUUAAUUUGUAUAAAUUUAAUGUUCUUUAUUUCAAGGUGUUUUAAAUUUAUUUUAUGACUAUUAUAGGCGUAAUUUAAGUUAUUAUAUUACUUUUACAUUCACAAACCUAUACUAAAGACAGGUAACUAUUUAUUCUACCAUUAUAUUUAUGUAAGUAUUUAAAGUUUUUGUCUAAUAAACUUUAACACAGA